GAGGGGCAACGCGAGUGCGUUCCAAAACGUAGUAUCGAUAAAAAACCAUUAUUAGUGGAAAAUUUCCACCAAAAAUGGCCCGAAGCCGUUCGCGGGAACGAACCAGUCACCGUCGAAAGUCACGCCGCGACGACGACGAUCGAAAGAAAAAAAAGCACCGUGCGUCGAGUUCCAGCUCCCGAAGUAGUAGCAGUAGCAGCAGCACAAGCAGUGGAAGCAGCAGCAGUGAUCGAUCGCGUCGGAGGGAUAAAGGCAAGAAGCGCUCAAGGCACAAUUCUGAUUCCCGUUCGCCAGUGAAACGACACAAGCAGAAGGAUAAGGAUCGAAAUCGAAGGAGAUCACGCUCAAGGUCCCGGGAUCAACGAGGUAGACAGUCACAUAACAAGCAAAGCAAUGGCCACAGUUCGAGCGGGCCACCACGCUCUGGGGAAGGGGAAUCCAGCAAGAGAUGGGAGCACGAUAUGUACCAGGAGAAGCAAUCGCGAGAGGAUACCGACCGGAGUCGACGGGCGGGACUGGGAUGGUCCGGAAAGGACCGUGGUGGUUUCGGUGGUGGCGGCAGCAGCAGUAUGAAUGAUGAUUUUAUGCAAUCGCGGCGGUUGCAACGGGAAAUCAUCGGCGAGGAAGGUGCCCCGAUGGCUUGGGCGGAAUCUCCCUCGCCACGAGAGUCCUCCGAUGAAGAGAAGGAAAAGGCAAUGGAAAAGAAAGCCUUAAAGAAGGCUUCCAAGAAAGCAAAGAAGAAGAAAAAGAAGGCAAGUGACAAAAAGGAAAGCAAAAAGAUAAAGAAGAAAUCCUCCAAGAAGCUUCGCAAAAAGGAGAAGCAUUCCAAGAAGAAAAAGAAAAAGGUUUCGUCCUCGGAAGGGUCUUCGGAUUCUUCAUCUUCGUCCUCGUCGGACGAAAAUGAGGAAGACGAAUGGGUCGAGAAGUCGAUGGUUGGAAAGAAGAGUGGAUCGGCCAAAGCGGGGGCUGGGAUGGAGGACGAGCUGGGCGAUGGCGUCGUGGGACCGAUCAAGACCAGCGGCAACCUGAGCCUGAAGGACUUGGGACGGGCGCUGCUGCCGGGAGAGGGUGCCGCCAUGGCAGCUUAUGUGACCGAGGGCAAACGAAUCCCGCGGCGUGGUGAGAUCGGACUGACGUCGGACGAAAUUGCCAACUUCGAGGACGUCGGAUACGUCAUGAGCGGAAGCAGGCAUCGCCGCAUGGAAGCGGUUCGUAUUCGUAAGGAAAAUCAAAUCUACUCGGCGGACGAGAAGCGGGCCCUGGCCAUGUUCAGCAAGGAGGAGCGACAAAAACGCGAGAACAAAAUCCUGUCCCAGUUCAAGGAGAUGAUAAGCGCCAAACUGGCAAGCGAUAAACGGUAAGGUAAAUGUGAAAUUUGGAACCUGUAUUGUAUUGA